CCAACUACAGCAACCACCUUACAGGCCAAAGCUCAUGAUUGCCUCUUCAGCCUUCGAACGCAAGCGACGGCAACCCGUCAACUGCUUCACCGCCUCUCCCUUUCUCUCGAAACCCUAAUCUUUCCCCUCUUCUGUCUCCUCUAAAUGAGAUCCAUAGCCCAACCCCCAACCACUUCACGAUACCCUGAUACAGGUUGGUUAAGAUGGCCGCCGGCGAUUUCCUGGCCGCCGCUAUUGCCUUCGCGGCGGCGGUAUCAACUGCGAGUGGGCAGUUCGAUAGCUGCACCUCCGAUGUGGCCAUUCUUCUCCCUUUUCCGUUCAAUGCCUCUGUCUUCACCUGCCGCCCCAUUUGGAACAGCUUCAUCCUCAGGUAUUCCCAGAGUCAAGGUAACAUUUUGAGUAUUGUGCUCUCUGCUCCCUACACCUCUGGCUGGGUUGGUAUGGGAUUUUCGAAUGAUGGAUUGAUGGUUGGCUCAAGUGCGAUGGUUGGAUGGAUUGGAAGAGCAGGCAAAGCACAUAUCAGACAGUUCUACCUGCGCGGCCAGUCCAGUUCUCAGGUUAUUGUAAAUGAGGGCCGUUUGUUGCGAAGUGGUGUUAAGCCUGCUGUUCUUCUUUACGGUUCAAGCAUAUAUUUGGCGUUUCAGUUGAAAUUUUUAGCUCCUGUUGCUGAGAAGAAGCUCCUCUUUGCCUUUUCAACUGAAACUCCAAAUGGUUUCCACCUCACAAAGCAUGAUGAUAAAGUCUCCAUUACCUUCGACUUCUCAGCAGGAUCUUCAUCUGGCUCCUCAUAUCCCUACAAACUAAAAAGGAAUCAUGGUGCAUUAGCUAUAUUUGGCUGGGGUGUAUUGCUACCUAUUGGCGCAAUAAUUGCAAGAUAUUGCAAAGAGUGGGAUCUCCUAUGGUUUGAACUUCAUUUAGCAUUUCAGUUUGCUGGAUUUCUCUUUGGGCUUGCUGCUGUGGUUACUGGAAUUUCACUGUACAACAAAAUACAUGCAGAUGUCAGAGUGCACCGAGGAAUCGGCAUCUUUCUCCUUGUACUCGGUAUCCUUCAGAUUCUUGCAUUUUUUGUUCGCCCCGACAAAGACUCGAAGAUCCGCAGAUACUGGAAUUGGUACCACCAUUGGGUUGGGAGACUUUUACUCUUCUUUUCAGCAAUCAAUAUUAUUCUUGGCAUCAAAGUUGGUGAAGCAGGAACUCCCUGGAAGGUUGGAUAUGGCAUUAACCUCACGAUCAUCUUAUUAGCUUGCAUUUUUGGAGAGAUCAUGUUAUGGGGUAGAUUAUCAAAGAAAACUAUAGCUGAUCCACCUUCUUAAUGUUGCAGAGCUUUGAAAGCAAGGUAGAUGAUUCUUCUUUGUCACAAUUUGCUUUAGAUCAGUAUUGAACAAUCUACACAAAUGAUCUUUUUCUGCUUUCUUUGUCUCUGUAAUUAUGGUGUGGUGACCUCCGAUUGAGAAAGUUAUGAUGGAUAUCACUGUUUGUCUCUUUCUUAAAGCAUAUUUUUUCAUUGAUCAUUUCAGUU